GUGACUGUCACAAUUUGAUGCUGCGGUAACGUCGGCCAAUUUCGCCCACAAGUUUGAAUUUUAAUUUUAAAUGAAUUCAUUUAUCAAGCGAGCCAACACUGUGCGACUCUUAGUCCAAGUUGAUGAAGUGUCAACCGAAGUUUAAAGUGUACUUCCUGGACAGUCACCCGCCUGCUUCGUGUGAAGGACUGUCCCAGGACUUGUCCCAGCAAGAGGUGGGCGAGCAGUAAACCAGGACUGAGCGUUACUGAACUAGCUGAGGUUAGGCUACUCCUCAAGGACUGGACGCACCUGUUUGAACGGUAAACAGUCAUGUGUCGCCGAUAGUUAUCAUGUCAAAUCAGCACCAGCCGACUUUCCCGAUCCAACAGCAGCCUGAUCUCAACUCUGCUCCUUUCCCUCAGUGUUUUGUGAGACAGUUUGCCGUUCCUCUUCAAAUCAAAAGCAGUGUUAUUACAGAUGUUUAUACGUUAACGAGUCAGGUGCUGGGGAUGGGGAUAAAUGGCAGAGUGAUGGAAAUAUUCCACAAAGAGAGUGGGGAGAAGUAUGCACUAAAGAUGCUGCAGGAUUGUCCAGAAGCCAGACGAGAGGUUGAGCUCCACUGGAGGGUGUCACCUUGCCCCCACAUUGUACCCAUUAUAGAUGUUUAUGAGAACCUCUACCAUGGCAAGAAGUGUCUCCUUAUCAUUAUGGAGUGCAUGGAUGGAGGUGAAUUAUUCAGACAUAUCCAAGACAAAGGGAAUCAUGCAUUCACAGAAAGAGAGGCCUCUGACAUUAUGAAAAGUAUAGGAGAAGCCAUUCUCUUCUUGCAUUCCAUCAACAUUGCUCACAGAGACAUCAAGCCAGAGAACCUGCUUUACACCUCCAAAAGACCAGAUGCUCUGCUUAAGCUGACUGAUUUUGGGUUCGCCAAGGAAAUCACCACGAUAAACUCAUUAGCAACACCAUGUUUUACCCCAUAUUAUGUUGCUCCAGAAGUUCUUGGUGCAGAGAAGUAUGACCGAUCUUGUGACAUGUGGUCUCUGGGAGUCAUUAUGUAUAUCCUACUUUGUGGAUACCCUCCUUUUUUCUCACGUCAUGGUUUCGCAAUAUCUCCUGGAAUGAAAAGAAGGAUCUGUAAAGGACACUAUGAGUUCCCAAACCCUGAGUGGUCUGAUGUGUCCGAGGAAGCCAAACAGUUGAUCGGCAGGUUAUUGAAAACUGAGCCCACCCAAAGAAUGAGCAUCACUGAGUUCAAAAACCAUCCCUGGAUUAAUCAGUCAGUGGAGAUCCCUCAAACACCUCUUCACACAAGCCGUGUGCUGCAUGAGGAACAAGAUGUCUGGGAGAAGGUUAAGGAGGAAAUGACAAAUGCCUUGCAAACGAUGAGAGUGGACUAUGAUCAAACGAAAAUCAAAACUAUUGAGGACUCAACAAAUCCUCUACUCCUGAGGAGAAGAAAGAAAACUAAAAACGUAGCCACACAACCUCCAGGCUAGUCAAGUAAAGACUCUUUAAGAGGUGCUCAGACCCGCAUACACACACACACACACACACACACACACACACACACACACACACACACACAC